AUGAGCGAGGAGGCGCCGAUCGCAGCUUUGGAGGUCUUGCAGCUCGUUUCAGCGGGGCGCUUCAGAGAACUUCCGGCCGCAUGCGAGGAGCUGGAGCUUUCGCCAUUGAUCUCGCUGGAUCCAAGCACUGCGACCACGGCGCCUGAGCAGGUGGACCAACAGGGCCUCUUGUGCGCCGUGCACUUGCUGGCGUACCUGCUGGAAGGUCAGCUGGAUUCAGCAAGGUUCCUUUGGAAGAGGACACCUGCGCCAGUGCAGCAGCAUCCGCAAGCUGCGGCUGCACACCGGGUGCUAGCUGCACGGUGGCGCAGGCAGUAUGCUGAGGCCUUCGCGCAACUCCAGGCGGGUCCUCCAUGGGACAGCCGGUUGCAGCCACUUGUGGCUGAGGUAGUGUCCAGAAGUCGAGAAGGACUGUUGGACAAAAUUGGAAAGGCAUACAAGGUCGUGUCGCUAACACGUGUUGCCACGAUGCUGGGCAUUGAUGCCGUCGCGGCGCGCGCAGCCUGCGAGAGCAGAGGGUGGGCCCUUGAUGCGGAGGGCAACGUGUCGCCAUCUCUUGCCAGAUCUGAAGAUGAUUUGAUGCAGAUGGGCGAGGCCCAGCUGCAGAAGCUGACAGAGUACAUGGCCCACCUCGAGCAGCAGUCGUGCAAAAUUUGA